AUGGAGUCCGCUCAAACCUUUAUCGAAUCCUCGGCCAACUUGAUCAAGCUUGAUCCCUCGCGCGUGCUCGGCGCUGUCGACGACAAGGUCUACUCUGGCUUUCUCGAGCACAUGGGCCGGUGUAUCUACGGCGGCAUUGUCGACUUUGAUUCGACUGUCCCCGGUCUGACCAACGAAAAAGGCUACAGACUCGAUGUUGCCGACGCUCUGAAGGAACUCAACAUGCCGGUUGUGCGCUACCCCGGUGGAAACUUUGUGAGCUCCUACCACUGGCUGGAUGGCGUGGGACCCAAAGAUCAGAGACCGCGCAGACCGGAGCUUGCUUGGCUUGGAGAGGAACCCAAUCAUUUUGGAACCGACGAGUUUAUGGAGUGGUGCGAGUACAUGAACACCGAGCCGUACCUCUGUUUGAACAUGGGCACUGGCACGUUGGACGAAGCGCUCGCGUGGGUGGAGUACUGCAACUCGGACAAAAACACCUACUAUGCCAACUUGCGUCGAAAGAAUGGACACGAGAAGCCGUAUAAUGUCAAAUACUGGAGUCUUGGAAACGAGGUCUGGGGCCCAUGGCAGGUUGGUCAGAUGCCUGCUGCAGACUAUGGCAAGAAGGCCUUUCAGUGGGCGAAGGCGCUCAAGCUGCUUGAUCCCAACAUCAAGCUUGUUGCCUGCGGCUGCACCGGUUUCGAGGAGUGGGAUUACAUCGUCACUCAGGCGCUCAUCAGCCAGGUCGACUUGUACUCGAUUCACUUGUAUACCUCAAGCGACGACCACUACAAGAACGUCACGGGUACCGCCGGCGCCGAGCGAGGUAUCCAGAUCUGCUCCAAGCUUCUUGACCUUGCAAAGAUUCAGCAAAAGGCGUACAAUGCGGAUGUGAAGAUCUGCUUUGAUGAGUGGAAUGUCUGGGAUGGCGAGCGCGCCCCUGGAUACUUGGGUGCUGAGGAGCAGUACACGCUUUCGGAUGCACUUGCUGUUGCCUCCUGGUGCAAUGUCUUUAUUCGCCAGGCCUCGCUUAUCGGUAUGGCGAACAUCGCACAGCUUGUCAACGUUAUUGCUCCGAUCAUGACCUCGAAGACGGACCUGUUUUUGCAGACGAUUUAUCACCCGUUUUUGCUGUUCUGUAAGUACAUGCGGGGCGAGAGCUUGAACUUACACGUUGAGAGUCCGACGUACAAGGGUGACACUGGCUGCAGCUUCACUGAGUCGAGCGUCGGUGGUGAGCUGCUCUGGGUCAAGGGAGUCGAGCCGGCGAUCCCGAUGCUCGAUGUUUCGGCGACGAAGAAGGACGGUAUCAUCACGAUUGCUGUCGUCAAUCGCUCGCUUGAGGAUGAUCUGACGACGAAGAUUGUGCUUGAGGGAGAUUAUAAGGAGACGGUGACUGUCUACACCGUUCACCACGAUGAUAUUGCGGCGACCAACACGUUCGAGAACAAGGAGGUUGUGAAGGUUGAGGAGAGUACGUGCAAGUUGGGAGACCUCGAGUCAUAUACUUUCAGAAAGCAUUCUUUUGUUAUGUUGCGCAUCAGUUCGUGAAUUUGUUAUAGAGAACCUCUGUGAAUGAAAUCUUUGUC